UUUGCUGGGAACUAGCACGGCCGCACGGGGCUAUGGGAUAUCCCGGGCAGAUACUGACGUCACAUUUUCCCGGUAUUCCAUGGGGUCUUUCCAAUAUGGCGGGAGAUACAACUCGAUAGAUGACACGAUUCGAUUUAUUUUCCUGAGACAUACUUUUCAGUUGUUUUCGCAUGCUUUGAGGACGGUAAAAUUUCAUAGCACAGGAGCUGUUCUACAAAAAGGUAAUAUGGUGGACUGUUUAGGAGAAGCCAAGACCAGCUAUCGUUAUGCUGCUCCAGGGCGGUACACUGGACAGCCUUCACUUAUUAGUCAACCUCAACUGUGUGAAGAGUGUAACAAAAAUCAAGCUACAAAGAUCCAAGAAUUACAUUCCUUUGAACCAACAAAAGAGUCUGAUUUUCAUUCUGAACUUGAAGCCCUUAAACAGCUACUUGAUGAAAGAUAUAGGCUGUGCCGCUCAUGUCACAAAAUUGUUAAGCAUCACUUAAAUGUACAAGCAAUGGAUCUAAAAACAUUCCUACUGGGUAGUCAUCUUCAGCAAUCAAAAUCAACACCAACAAAGCUCCUUAAAAGGUCAUCAUCAGCAGAGUCCAUUUUUCUUGUGUUGGUUCGGCUUACUUGUGUGUUGCUUACCUCCUUGCUGCUUUGUUCUGAUUCACUCUCCAAUGACCAGAAUUCCUGCGAUAAAGCUCUUAAUUUGUGGAACCUGUCUCACGUGAUUGGUCACAUGUAUUGGUCCAAUAUUACCACCUGGGCAGAUUUUACCAGUGCAGUGAAACAUUUGGUGCUCCACGUUACCCACUCAUUUAGAAUUACAAUGAGUUUGUCUUGGCAGAGAGGCUUGGAUUUUAUUAGUUGUUUAUGCUGUUUAGCAAAGAGACAUUACCUAGGCCUGUCUUUGGUCUGCUUGCUGAUAAAUAUCCUGAUAUUUUUAAAAAGGAAAAACAGAUUUGGUAUUUUGAUUUUGUUCUCUUGGACCUUGCUUUCUUCUUUGAGAUGCUGGGAAAUAUUUUGGUUGAAGGCAGAUUGUGGAUGGCGCGUUACAGGAGCUGUAUUUUGUUGGCUUUUAAGCACAUGCUACUUCCUGUUCUCUCUUCUCUUGUACUCAAGAGUGCUGGGUGCGAAAAAGAAGAAAAGUCACAGAUCGCAGUUAUCACCACGUCAGCCAUCCACUACUGAAAAACGCGACGCCAGUGAUUCAGAAAUAUUGGACACUACUAANUGUCUUAAAAUUCUCUUAUAUUGUUCAACUUGUCAUUAUUCACUAUACAUUUUUUCCACAGGUUCCUUCUGGAAUCAAAGUGUGGAAAGUAAUUCCAAGGAGACGCCUUUAGUCUCCAUGAGACAAAGACCUCUUAUUGUACCCGCCACGCUUCAUUUCUCUGGCCUACAACAAGGACGAUUUCCCGCGAGUCAUACGCGAGAAGCGACAAAUGUCAGUCGUGGCCCUUCAAGUAACUCUUAUGGAAUCUCGGAUGACGACGCUUCAUCGUCAGACGCCAUUGACGAGGAGAACUCGAUGCAGAAAUCACCCAUACGCAACGAUAAAGGAACAAAACCAAGAAAGGCGAAGACGCGUAUCCCGGCUCAGUCCUGUAAAACAGGAUUAACAGGAAUUCUCAGCGUCAAAACUUUCUUGCUUUUUGCAAGCGUACUUUUAAAUGUGUAUUUUAUGGUUUUGUUCACCGAGUGGCCUGUCCGAAUUUUACACUCACUGUGGAAAAGUUUUCAGAGAUAAGUAACAUUUUUCAACAGAAAUAAUAUGUAUCUGUCAAAACACAACGAAAUUUAAAUUAUCUUUUGUAUGGUUACUAGUUACGUGAGGAUUUUGCAAAUAAAAGAAACUUAGUGUAUCUGAGGGCAACCAUGACUGACCAUUGCCCUUAUCUCACUCUGCAGAGAACAAGAGGACAAAAAACUAGGGCAAUCUGAAAAAUAAGUCAUGCUAAUCAGUUUUUUUUUCAAUUCUCGUUAUUAAAAUUGGAUAGGAAGAUCAUCUGUCACUGCCUUGGGAAAAAACGCAUCUUGAAAUCAAGGCCCUGUCCACGGUACGCCGGAGAAAUUUGAAAACGCAACAAUCACCGGUCAUUUUGCUUUGUGUUUGAGGAAAACU